GCGGUUGCGAGGGUUGACACCAGUGUGGGAGCAGCCCGUGUCUUGCCCGCGCCGCCACUAUGGUGAGCUCCGUCAGGGUGUUCAAGAAAACCUCCGCUAAUGGCAAGGUCACCGCGUACCUGAGCCGGCGGGACUUCGUGGAUCACAUCAGCCACACCUCCCCUGUGGACGGCGUGGUGGUGGUGGACAAUGAAUACCUCAAAGGCAGGAAGGUGUUUGCCCGCGUGACGGUGACGUACCGUUACGGGAGGGAGGAGGAUGAAGUGAUCGGACAGCACUUCAGCAAGGAACUCGAGCUGGUGAAGAGCGAGGUGGUGUCGGCGGCAAAACAGGAGGUCUCGGAUGUUGUGGAGUGUGUCAUGAGCAAGCUGGGGGAUGAUGCGCGGCCAUUCUGCAUCCAUCUGCCUGCCCACGCCCCGGCCUCUGUUACACUGGAUCCCGAGCGGGAGAGCUCAAGCAGGAAACUCGGGGUGACGUACGAGCUGGCACUGUACGUGGCCGAGCACCCGGAGGAGUCCCCAUUGAGGCGCACAGCCGUCAUCUUCCCCGUGCGCAAGGUGCAGUUCUCCCCAGCCAAGUCCCUCGCCCAGCCACCUGUAGCGUGUGUGAGCAAAACAUUCACCUUUCCCACAGGCAAGAUCAAGCUGGAAUUGCAGCUUGAGCAAGACUUGUGUUUCCACGGCCAGCCGCUAGAGACUCAGGUUACCAUUGACAACGCCGCGAAGAAGACGGUGAAGAACCUGGUGAUGCAGGUUGUACAGCACGUCGAGGUCACCAUGACCAACACUCACUUCAGUUCCGUGGUAGCCUCCAUAGAGACCUACGAGGGGUGUCCCAUUAUCCCCAACUCACGCUACUCCAGGACCAUCGUGCUCACGCCACUCCCAUUAAGAGCCCACGGCGUCGCCCUUGAGGGUAACUCACAGGACGAGGACGCCAGCCUGGCCUCCUCCACCAUGAUGUCUGCCGCCACGGCCCUCAGUGACAUUCUGGGCAUUAUUGUGUCCUACGCCCUUCGACUGAAGCUCAACUGCGGUUCCCUUGGCGGAGACUUGAGCAUCGAGCUGCCCUUCAAGCUGAUGCAUGGCGACUCUACCACCGCCAAAGCGUCACUGCAGAGGUCUCAGUCAGCUGUUGAUUACAACCUGGUGAUCGAGGAGUACAGCGCCAUGCGUCGCGGCAAGUCCCUCACCGACGAGCUGGAGGAGUGAUGCCACACCGCCACGCCCCCUGCCCCGGCUCGUGCCAUCCUCCCGUCCUGCCAGUGUCAGGUUCUCCUGCUUCCUCCCCACUGUGCUUGUAGGUCCACUAGUUACUGCAGCCAUGGAGAGGUGCCUACGCAUGGUUUGUUAGCGGUGGCACGGGAGGAAGGGUGCCACCACUAAGGCCUCUUUAACAAUUUUAUUGAACGGACUUAGUCACCAGGCCGCCAGUACUGAAAUCAACUGGGAGCAUCAACAACGUCACCGCCCCCGCCUCGAGCAUACCAGCUUCAUUCCAACAUCUCUUCCCUGUCUGUGAAAGACAUCGACCCUCAGAUGCACGUCACUGAUGCACGUAAGGGUAACGUACUGCUAAUUUUCACUGCGACUAUCACUGCCUUGCACCAAGUUGUGUUAGCCACGUGAUGAAAGACAGCGUAAUUAUGUUUUCUUUUUUUUUUUUUGCCAUAUUUGCAGCUGUUUCCUCAUUUAGUGGCGCUUGUCCUCUAUGUCUGUUUUUUUUUUUUUUAAGGUAUUUGCUUGUGCAACUAGGUAUGCAACAGGCUCAUACUA